AGGAUGACGAGAAACCCCUGGUUAGGGCGCGGACUCUAAAAAGGGCGACGGCACUGUUUGCUCGAAACUUCAGGGUCGAAGCUCCAGGGUAUCUUCAUUCUUCCCCCCCUCGCUCUUCUCUCCCUCUCUAUGGCGAAUUCGCCGGAGCACGAUAUCGACGACGAGCUCUUUCAGGAGGUGUAUGGGAAGGAGUAUACUGGGCCAACGGGGACGCGGUCGGCCGCUCAGGUGGCGUCGGCGCCUGUGACCAAGAGGCCGCAACACAGCGACAGCGAGGAGGAGGGCGAACCGGACCCCAACGCCGUGCCGACGGACUUCACGAGCCGUGAGGCGAAGGCGUGGGAGGCGAAGGCCAAGGCGACGGAGCGCAACUGGAAGAAGCGGAAGGAGGAGGAAAUGAUAUGCAAGAUCUGCGGCGAGUCAGGCCAUUUUACUCAGGGAUGCCCAUCUACUCUAGGCUCAAAUCGCAAGUCUGCAGAAUUUAUUGAAAGGGUUCCUGCAAGAGACAAACAUGUACGGGCAUUAUUUUCAGAGAAAGUGGUGACCAGGAUUGAGAAGGACAUUGGUUGCAAACUUAAAAUGGACGAGCGAUUCAUCAUAGUAAGUGGAAAAGAUAGGCUGGUUCUGGCAAAAGGUGUGGAUGCUGUGAGGAAGGUGAUACAAGACGAGGACAGGGGUGCGAGAAGGAAAGGAUCAUCUGAUCAUCAGAAUGCAAGAUCUAGGUCUCCUGAUGAUACACAUGUUAGUCCUCAUUUACGACGAUCAAUGUCUCAAAGGUCUCAUUCUAGUCCUAGAAAUCCUCCACAAACCCAGUCAAGGAUUUGUAGUCAAGAAAAGGUUGUAGAGGAUCAUUUGCGGAAGGACCUGCAACAGUUGUCAAGGGGUUCUCCACAAGCUUUUGGUAAUGAUGGAGCUAGAGGGCGAUCAAGGUCUCCACAGCGUGGUGGCACUUUUCCAGGUGAUGGAUUUAAAGCCUAUGAUAGCCAUAAACAGAAUGCAGGGAUGCAUAGGGCAGGUACUUGGGAUGUUGAUAGACAUGGGCUGGAUGUACACACCAAUCAUAAGUAUGAUUUCCAUUCCUUUCCCCAAAAUUUUGAAGAGUUGGACAUGGACUAUAGGAGGGAGGUGAUGGAAUUGGCAAGAUGGCGAGAUAAGGAAGAAGAUGCAGAAAGUCAUAAGCAUCGUGAGUCUAUCCAAGAACUAAGGGAUUCAUAUACAAAGAAAUUGGCUGCGUUAAGAGUCUCUCAUGCAAAACAAUGGGAAGAAUUUCUGCAUGCAGAUAUGCAAAGGCGACAACAAGCACACCACCAUUUGCCAGAAUCAACAUAUUCCUCCUAUUCUCGCCCUGGCUUCCCUGAUUAUGAGGGAACUGCAACUGCCUCCCACUACUCAAGUAGUUUGCCUGUUGAUUCAAGGAGCAGAUACCCAUUUUCAGACAGUUAUUCAACUGCAAGGCCUCAAGAUUUGUAUGGUGAGUUUCAACAUCAAAGACGCGAGGAUUACAGGAAGACUUACGAUAGAUACUGACGCUGUAGUCUCUAUGAAAAAUACAAUGGCUGAAAAUAGGGAGCUCCCUUUAGUUUUCUGAAAGAUUCGACAUCUCAACCGUUGCAUAUGGACAAUCUGAGAUGGGAUGGCUUUUGGACUCUUUUCUAGUUUUAGAGCUUCGGCUACCAGUAGGUGAAGUUUUUGGUGUAUCACCCCCUCUAGGCGUCACUCUGAGUAAGAUAAUGAUCCCUUCUUCAAUAUUGAUUUUGUCACCAUGAAGGAACAUCUACAGGUCUGUUAUGAUGAAAAGAAUGUACAUUUUCUA